ACAUACAGAAUACAUAUGGAAACUUGUCUCUUUCAGAUAUCAGGAAUUAGUCGAAGAAAAGAAAUAAAGUUGUGCGGUUACGCAGACAAAUUAUUGCACCAAGCAAAUUGAAAAGAACAGAAUCUCAAUUAAUAGUGAAUCGAUAGAGAGAAACUGGCACAGUCUUUAGAGGGUGAUCCGUGCGACAAACAUUAAAAAAAGGGAGAAGCAUUGAAAAGUGUAUAAGUGUAUUUUAUCGACGUAAUAUCUGCAAACAAAACUUCUGUCUGAAGAUGGAUAUGACAGAUCUCGACGAGGUCUUCGGACUUAAUAAUUAUAAAUGGAGCAAUUACAACUACCAAAGCAGCGAUUUGGAAGAUGUGUUAAGCGAACAACGAUGUCUUCUACCUAACGAACAAGAAGGAAGCAAUGUUAUGCAGCCAGGACCGUCCUUGGAGAAUAAUUUGUGCGGCAAACAUUCUAUCAAGGAGAGCAGCACUAAAAAGUACAUCAAAUUUCAGAAACAAUGCCACAUUUGCAAACAAAACUUUAACGAUAAACAUGAAUUGAAUGAUCAUUACGAGAAGGACCACAAAUAUCACUUCUACAAAUGUAAAUAUUGCAACUACAAAACCAACCGUAGGGGUAACUUAGAAAGACACGAGGAAAUACACUUAAGAAUAUAUUCAACCAAAAGCAGCGACUACGUGUGUAUUGAGCCCGGCUGUAACAGUAGAUAUAAGGAUAAGUAUGAUUUCAAGUACCACAUAAAGAUUUGUCAGUAUAAAAAUAAGAUGGAAAGCAAUAAUAUGGAGCCGGGACCGUCCUCAAAGAGUAAUCUAUACGGCAAACUUUUCAGCAGAACGAAAAAUGAAAAGCUCAAAGUUUCUAAACAAUGCGGAAUCUGUGGUCAAAUUUUCCGUAAUAAAAAAAUGUUGGUAGAUCACUCAAUAACGGUUCACCAACAUUGCGUGCAUAUAUGUGAAGACAAAACAUGCGAUUACGAAACCGACGUACUGUAUCACAUGCAAAGGCAUUUUGUAACAAAGCACAUGAAUAAUAAAAACUAAGUAUGUAGUGAGACUGGCUGUAACUGGGUGAGAAAAGGACAUCAGGAGUAGCUAAGACAACACAUAUGACGCGUUCACUCUGACAAAUAAAAGGAAAGCAGUAUUGAGGACCCAGGGCCGUCUUCAGAGAUCGACCUGUACGGCAAACAUUUCAGAAGAAGCUCCAGCAUUGAAAAGCCCAUAAAUAUGCCUCAUAAAUGCAAAAUCUGUAACGGAAUGUCUCUUUCUAAGCAACAGUGGAAAAAAUACCUCAUAGAUCUUUAUAAACAAUCCAUAUGCAACUGCAGCCAUGGUUAAUUACGUAUUUAACAGGGAGAAUAACUUGCAAAGACACACGAAAUCACACGGAUACUUAAGCCUAAAUGUGUACUGAGUCUGUCUGUGGAAGUAUAAAUAAUAGGCGGAUCUGAAGACACACAUACAAUCGUCCUGUCAACCAGAAGAAAAGCAAAAGUGCGAAUCCGGGGGGUCUUCCGAGAGCGACCAAUGCGGUAAACAUUCCAAAAGAGGGAGCAGCAUUGAAAAGCGCGUAAAUGUGCCUCAGCAGUGUAAAAUUUGCAACCAAGGUUUCGAUAGGAAGAAAGAGUUGACACAUCACCUCUGAAAAAAUCAAAGGAUAUCGCAUGUGCAUCUGCGAUUGCAAUUACAUAUCUAACAUUAAACAACACUUGAUACGUCAUGUUGUAUGUAAGCACAUUGGCAAUUACGACCAUGCAUGUAAUAAGAAUGGUUGCUAAGAGAAAUUCAAACUCGGACAGAAACUGAAUAAACAGCGCGGGAGGCACAAGAAUGUGCGGAGAAAUCAAGAGGUGGCCGAUCUGCAUCGCCCGAGUUACAUCCAGCGGCAGUCUUUACGCAGUUACAUGGAGAAAAUACAUUUCGAUUCACUUCCAAUCGAAUAAAGUUUCAAAAGCAAUGACAAACAGGCUGUUGAAUCGAGUAGAGAAA